CAUUGGCUGACUGGUAAAGUCUGAAGACGGGAGUCUCCUCCUGCUAAAGUCCUCACGAUCUAGAUCUAUUUCUGUCUCAAGAGUCUAAGUUUCUCACCACUUUGCUCCUACUCAUUCUUAAUCUUUUAUUUGAAGUCGAUCUGAUCCCAACUUCAAAUCUCAGUAAACCACUAAACCCAGUAAUUCGGUUAUAUGAUCGACACUUUAUGUCUGGACCCCCCCCCCCAAGAUCAAAUCCUGGUUCCUCCACUGGCUAUCUGUAUGCGUUGCUAUGUUUCUGUUAUCUGUAAACCCAGUAGGGAAGAGAAACCUGAAAAACGACUGCUUGUUUUCCAUGAUGGUUACUUCCGAGCCUUGAAAUUGUGUUGAAAGCUUCUGCGGUUACUCGUAUAUAUAGUCCUUGGACACGUACUCUUCCACAAGUACAAAAGUAGGUUUCAUCGGAAAUGAGCACUCAAAGAACCUCUGCAUCUUCCCCCCCUUCAACUCCUCAGUGGAAAUAUGAUGUCUUUCUGAGCUUUAGAGGUGAUGACACUCGCAAGGCUUUUACAGACCACUUAUACACUGCAUUGAAACAUCAAGGAAUCAUAACUUUCAGGGAUGAUCCUGAACUUCAAAAAGGGGAAGCUAUUUCUCCAGCACUUUUUGCUGCAAUUGAAGAAUCGAGAUUUGCUCUCAUUGUUCUCUCACAAAAUUAUGCAUCGUCGACAUGGUGCUUGAAUGAACUUGUGAGAAUUCUCGAGUGUAUGAAAGAAAGAGAAGCUGUGCUGCCAAUUUUCUAUGAUGUUGAUCCCUCUGAUGUACGAAAGCAAACAGGGAGUUUUAGACAAGCCUUCACUAAUCAUGAAGAAAGAUUUAGGAGUGACGGAGAGAAAGUGCGAAGGUGGAGAGAUGCUUUAACUGAAGUGGCAAGUUUUUCUGGGUGGAAUUCAAAGGAAUGGUAUGAAUCAAAACUCAUUAGAGAUAUUGUUGAAGAUAUAUGUAAAAGAUUGCAACCUACAUCAUACAGUUUUGCAGACAAUCUAGUUGGAAUUGACUCGAGAUUGCAUCGAGUUAAUUUGCAUUUAAGUGUAGGGGUGGAUGACGUCCGCUUCAUUGGUAUAUGGGGAAUGGGCGGGGUUGGUAAGACUACUAUGGUAAGAGCGGUGCAUGAGAGAAUCUCUCAUGAAUUUGAAUUUAAUUUCCUUCUUACGGAUGUUAGAAGCUCCUCCAUUGAAAAAGGUGGUUUACUAAACCUGCAAAAGCAACUUCUCUCUGGAAUUGGGGCAAAAAAGGCUGGCAUAUUUGACCUUCAGGAAGGAGCCACCAUAUUAAAGAGGUUAUUACGUCACAAAAAAGUUCUUCUCAUUCUUGAUGAUGUGAACCAUUCAAGUCAUUUAAAAUAUUUGGCAGGAAACCAAGAGUGGUUUGGUUCAGGGAGUAGAGUUCUUAUCACAACUAGAAAUGAGCAUUUGUUGAUUCAACAUGGAGUGGAGAGAAGAUUGAAGGUCGAAGAAUUAAACCAUGACGAUUCUCUUAAGCUUUUUAGCUGGAAAGCAUUCCAAAAAGGUUACCCUGAAGAAGAUUUUCAUGAUUUGUCAGAGUCUGUUAUAAAUUAUGCCAAAGGUCUUCCUUUAGCUCUUGAAGUACUGGGUUCCUUUUUGUAUGGAAGAUAUCCAAGUGAAUGGAACAGUGCACUGAGAAAACUGGGAAGAGUUUGUAACCUGGAAAUCUUUGACAUACUUAAAAUAAGUUACGAUGGUCUAGAUUCUGAAGAGAAGAAAAUAUUCCUAGACAUUGCAUGUUUCUUUAAUGGAGGGGACAAAGAUCGAGUAACAGAAGUACUAAACAGUUGCGAUUUUUCUGCAAUUAUUGGAAUAAAUGUUCUUACUGAAAGAUCUCUCUUGACUGUUUCACAUGGAAGACUAAUAAUGCACGAUUUGCUCCAAGAAAUGGGAUGGGAAAUUGUUCGCCAAGAGUCUCAUAACGAGCUGGGCAGGUGCAGUAGGUUGUGGCUUCUUGAAGACGUCAAACAUGUCUUGACCAAGAAUACUGGAACUGAAGCAGUAGAAGGCAUAUUUGUGGAUUCAACAGAGUCAGGAGUAGACAUGGAAGUGACUCCGAAAUCAUUUUCAAUGAUGAACAAAUUGAGAUACCUGAAAAUUGAGAAUGGGAACCUGCCCAGGGGACUUGAAUAUCUUCCCAAUAGUUUACGGAUUCUUGAUUGGACGAGGUAUCCGUCAAAUUCGCUGCCAUCACAUUUCAACCCUCAGAAGCUGCUCGAACUUAGCUUGUGUCAUAGUUGUAUUAAACAUGUUCGGAUAGGAACGGAGCCUUUAUGCAAUUUGAAAACCAUCAAUCUGAGUCACUCUCUGAAUCUUGUUAGCACCCCAAACUUUAAAGGUAUACCAUAUCUCAAGUUUCUGUAUCUUGAAGGUUGUAUAAGAUUGUAUGAGGUUGACCCGACAAUUGAAGUGCUUGAAAAACUUACUGUCCUGAACUUGAAAGAUUGCAAGAAUCUUGUGCAUUUUGCAAGCAGUGUACAUGGCUUAAAAUAUCUCAAAGUUCUGAAUCUUUCUGGUUGCUCAAAGCUUAAAAAACUACCGAAUGACAUGGGUCAUUUAGAGAGUCUGGAGGAGCUUCACGUGAAUGACACCGGCAUAAGAGAACUACCUUCCUCUAUUGGAAUGCUUGAAAGACUUCCUCUGCUGAAAAUAGAAAAUUGCAAAGAUCUCAUGUGUCUUCCAAUUAGUCUUGGUGGCUUAAAAUCUCUCAAGGUCUUUAUUAUUUCAGGUUGCUCAAAGCUUGAAAAAUUGCCAGAGGAGUUGGGCAAUAGCUUGGUAAAUGUUGAUGUGAGUGGAACUUCUAUAAAAGAACUGCCUUGCUCUAUUGGAAUGCUUGAAGGACUUGUUUCUAUGUCGUUGAGAGAUUGCAAACAUCUUGAGUGUCUUCCAAGCAGUGUAGGUGGCUUAAAAUCUCUCAAAGAUCUCACUCUUUCUGGUUGCUCAAAGCUUGAGAAAUUGCCGGAUGAGUUGGGUCAUGUUGCCUGUUUGGAGAAGCUUGAUGUGAGUGGAAGUGGCAUAAGAGAACUGCCCUCCUCUAUUGGUCUUUUGAAAAACCUCAAAGAAUUCUCUCUUGCUGGGUGUAAAGCACGGUCACCUAAAUCAUGGGAUAUGAUGUUCAACCCUUUUCAGUUAUUGCGAAAAAGAAGUCACAUUCCGGCAGGAUUGUCGUUGCCUUGUUUGUCUGGUUUGCAUUCAUUAACUAAAUUGAAUCUAAGUGACUGCAAUCUUUCUGAAGAAGCAUUGCCCAGUGAUUUUGGAUGCUUGUCUUCAUUAAGAGAUUUAAAUCUCAGCAGAAAUCAAUUCAGUAGACUACCCGAGAGCAUCGGCCAACUCUCCAGACUUGACUAUCUUCACUUGGAAUGGUGCCAGAAGCUUCGGAGAUUACCAGAGCUUCCAUCUCAUGUGAGAGUAGACGCUGAGAACUGCAUUUCAUUAGAUACGUUGGCCAAUCAAAGCAAUUCGUUGCGACGAGGAUAUUUUGUUAACUGUUUCAAACUGUUGGAGAAUCAAAGCUGUGAGAGUAUAGCACUUUCAUUGCUAACACGAUGCCUUAAGAGUCAAGCAUUUUCUGACCAUAAAGUAUUUGAGUUUGUUUGUCCUGGAAAUGAAAUUCCAGAGUGGUACAAUCACCAAAGUGUGGGGUCUUCGAUAACCGUAGAGCUGCAUCCGGGUUGGGUUAGUAACAAGUGGAUGGGAUUCGCCUUCUGUGUCGUUUUUAGACUCCUCAAACCGCUCCCGCCUGGGGUUGUGUGGUGCAUUAAUUGCGAAAUGAGUGCCAAUGGAAAAUCCUUGUCUCACCGUAGUAUAAUGGUGUUUGGGGGAAGGUGGGGUCAACCUGUGUUGGAUCACAUUUGGUUCUUCUAUAGGGCGCGUGAUAUGUUCUCUCGGCAUGAGUGGCAGGAUAUCUACUGUCAGCCUGUAUUCUCAUUUCGACCUCAGUACUGGGAUAAACGAAUAAAGAUUGAGGAAUUUGUGCGAGUGAAAAAGUGUGGGGUCCGUAUGAUAUAUGAGGAAGAUGCAGAGGAGCUUUCGGAAACAUUAUUGAAGCAGAGCAAUAUUGGCAUUAAUACCAAGCAAUGCCUUCAACACAAUGACGAUGAUGAAGCAUCUAGUAGUGCAAGUCAGGCUCAUCCAAAAAGAAUUAAACAAACUCCACAUUGACGGUGGAACCCCUUAUAUUCGUGACCAGAAACAUGGUUAAUGCAUUUUUUUUUUUUUAAAUAAAAAACGUAGGGAAAACCUGACUAUAAAUUCAUGGUUUAUGCCUACUGGUGCUGGCUCGAGGAAUUUAGCUGCAAAGAAUGCAUUUGCAGUAGAAAGCAUAGGAGUAUUGUUUCACUUGCUUAUUGACCAAGUUAAAAAGCUGAAGAGGGAUUCAGCGCUGACUGCAAGUACCAAAAUGAUGGGGAAGAGUGAAGGUUCAAGGCAGUUAGAAGAUAGUUCAUUGGGUCAAACGUCUACGAUGUCUUCUGGGAGUCGUAUUGUUGAAAAGAAUUAUUGCUCAACUAGCUUCAAUCCAGGAACACGAAAGUCACUUCACGAUUUUUUUGUACUGAUUAUGGAGCCUCUUUUGCUUGAGAUCAAUGGCUUUCUUGAAACUAAGCUGAAAGUGGGCCCUGAAUUGUUGGAUAUUCAUUGCACACUAAAAGAGUUAAAGCUAUAAAUAAUGUACUUUCGGUCUUUAUGCAUGAAAAGAUUUAUGUGAGAACAGAGGAUGCCUCUGAGGGAGCUUCUCUUAAUUUCUUGAAGAAGGUUUAUAAUAUUAUCAUCUCAUUGUCCUCAGAUUUAAUUCAGUUGUCAGUUACACACUCAGAUAGUUUUACUCUAAUAGCAAAUGAGGUACUUUCUGCUGUUGGCUAUCUUUUGGAAAUUGAAUAUGAUGUUCUAGAGAAUGAUCUAGUAAGCUUGUGGUUAAUGAUCCUCCCUCUCUUACUGGGCCAUUGGGCUUUCUUUGGUGGAAUCUCCGGAUAGAUGCUCAUUAUUCUCCAAGAUAACAGAUAUUGGUUGCCAAUUAAUUAUGCUCUAUAGUCAACUUCGCCAGGUGAAUAAUACUAUCUUUGCAUUGUGUAAAGCAAUAAGGGUUAUUAAUUUACAUAAUAGCGAUGGUCAACUGAACUAUACUAGAUUUGUCAUUCCUUUUCAUGGUGAAGCAUAUGCAAAAGCUGUGGAAAUGCUAUUAUCUGCACAUGAAUUCAAAAUUGCAAUUCAUCAAGCAAUGAAGUCCAUACCAGAAGGACAAGCAAGUCAAUGUAUUCGGCAGUUAACAUUGGAUAUAUCAGAAUCUCUAGAGUGGAUGAAAGUUGGUUGUUCGGAGGCUGAUGAAAAAGAAUUUUCUGAAUGCCAUCUAAGUAGCUUGCACAGUUUUAAUCUGGAAGCUGAACUUUUCGGGAGAGGGUUGUCAGAAAUAUAUGCAUUAUUCCUAGAGUCAUUGAUUGUCACAACUGGAAACUGUAACCUUCUUGGCGCUUCUAUAAAAGAAUUAAUUAGAGUGAUUUUCCCUUGCAUGAGCAAUCUGGUUAGACCACAGCAGGAGGAUGCUGUAAACAAAUUCCUAUGGUCUGUCGCGGUAAAAGAUUCUGACAAUGUGAUCGCUAGAAACAAAAACAAAUAUCUGAUAUUUGGAGUCUCCACUUAUUGGGUAGUUUUGUUCUUCUUUCGAUUGUAUAGCUCUUGCCGAUGCUUAUAUAGGCAAGCAGCAAUCCUUAUGGCUCCAGAUUUAUCAAGAAAGGUGUCUGCAGAAAUGGGAGAUUCAUUCUCCUCUUUCUCUGGUAGGGAUUGGAUGGAAAUGUCUGAUUGGAUCAAUGGGGGAUUUUUCUCUUGGAUUGUACAACCUUCAGCUUCUCUUCUUUCUGUUAUUCAAUCUGUUUCAAACAUCUUUUGUAAGGACCGUGCAGCUGAUUCUUGUCCUUUAACUUACGUAAUGCAUGCUAUGGCUUGUGAAAGGCUUGUGGAUUUGGAUAGUCAUAUAAAGUCUUUUGAAUAUUUUAUUGAAAAUGGUGACAAUCUGGUGCAAGUUGCGGAGAUGUCUUAUUUGAGGCAAGAGGCAGCAGGACUUACUGGAUUUUUGAUGGAGCACCUCUCAUUAGUGUCUGAAGAUCAACAGCAAAUAUUCAUUUCUGCUGAUACGAAUAAUAAUAAGAUGGGUAACUAUGAAAGUGAUGAAUGGGAUUUCAGUAUUUGCUCUGUGAACAAGAAGUCAUUGCCAACUGCACUUUGGUGGGUUGUUUGCCAAAAUAUUCAUGCAUGGUGCCCUCAUGCCUGUAAAAAGGAUUUGAAGAGAUUCCUUUCUCUUUUAAUCCAUACUUCAAUUCCCUAUGUAAGAAGCAGCUUUGGGGUGGUUAUAGAGCACAAGAACCAUGAAGCUGACAGGCUGAAGAAUGUGGCAUUGCAUCAAAUCUCAUCACAGUGCUUUAUUGAUUCCAGUCUGUAUGAGCAAAGAAUAAGCAUCUUUCAAAGAUCAAAUGGCAUUGCAUCAAACCUCACGUGAUGUACAUGCACACACACAGUUGUAUCUUGCAAAAUAUUUUUAUUUGUAUCUUUUUGGGGAUUCUUUUUGUUUCACACUUUUCAUUUACUGUUCAUCUCAAUCAGGGUAUUUGUUUUAUCUCUUGUAUUAGUUUGUCCGCAGGUAUUUUGCAAAGAGGUUCUGCCGUGCAUUGGAGAAAUCUAAAUUACCAUUCAUCAGCGACUUUCAAUCCGGCAAUGUUAAAUUCAAAUCAUCACCUAAUUGGCCAAAUGUGUUAAGUGAUUUAGAGAACUCAUCAUUGGCUAUUUCCUGCAACAAACUCAAUGUAUUUGAUUGUUCCUCAGUCUCAAGUUGCAAGGGACAAAACUCCCAACCAUCUACCAUCAUGAAAUUUACAGCUUGUCAGAGUUUGCUUAAUCUUUUGAGUUGUAUGCCAAAAGGUCAUUUGGACACGAGAUCAUUUUCACGUUAUGUGACUUCUAUUCUGAACCUCGAAAGGAUUGUUGUUGGCGGCUUAUUAGAUUAUCAGAAUGCUUCAUACUCAGCUUAUUAUUAUGAGCUCUUCAGAUUGUUUGUGUCCUGUCGGAAGGCCUUAAGAUGUAUAAUUACUGCUUGUGAGGUGACAGCAGCCAGUCGAACCUCAGACACUGUACUCUAUGAGGAUUUAUUUCCAGUUUCAUGGCUUUACAAGUCAGUGCAUAUGGUUGCUGGGCUUCAAGAAUCAUUCUCAAAAGAUAUUUAUCAUCAAGUUCAUGAUAUGAUCUUGGCAUUAAUGGAUCACACAUUUUAUGUGUUUCUGACAUUAAAUAAAUAUCAAUCCAAUCAUGCUGUUCGUUUCCUUGAGGUUGCUGAGCUGAAUUUUGGAUGUGCCCAAGAACAGAGAAGUUUAUUGAAUUCGUCCAAUUAUAUUGAAGCCUUGAAAAGUGUAAACGGUGUUGCUAAGAUUUUGAAGGAACAGAUGCAGAUCUUACUUGUAAAUGUGAAGAAUGGCAUUUGUAAUGGAAAAGAGGAAGUUUCUGUUGAUGCUUUAAAUUUGAACAAGUUUGCUUCCAUAAUUUCGUGUUUUAGUGGGUUUUUAUGGGGCCUAGCAUGCGUUAUGAUCGACACAGAUGGGAGAAAUAGUGAUGAGAAAGCUAAGUUGUCAAGGUGGAAACUUGAACCAAUCUCCGAACUCAACCUCUGUAUAAUUGUUUUUGAAGAAAUUUCUAGUCUUCUACUACAAAAUACAAAUGUUUAUUCUUGACGAUAAUCAGCAGUCCACAACUAUAUGUCAUGCCUAUAAUCUUCAGAAGUCAGGCUACAAUUUAGAUUUGUUUGGUGCAGAGAAGAUUUUGCUGGAAGGCAAUGAUGCUGACACUGAUAUGGCAUGUGGUGGACUGCAGGAUGAAUCUGCAGUUGCAGUGACGUGCUCAGCAUCAUCUGACGUCUGUUAAGACUCUGUAAUUGGUAGUGUUCAUAGAAGAAGACUGCGCUUGAAAGAUGCAAAUAGUGUUGUUGGUUGCUUGGAUUUGGUUCUGGAAUUUGUUUCAGGUAAUAUUAUAUCACACAUUUAUAGAGCGUAUGAAAUCAACACUAUUUGCAGUGUUGAGGUCAUCAUUCGCAGUGUUCAUAAAGAAAUCAACAGAGUUGCAUCUCCAAUCUGCAGUUCAAGCUAUCGGAAGAGCCCUAGUUGGUGUGCGGGAAGGGUGCACAGUGAGGUAUGACAUAUGUGCUGGAAGUGAAGAUGGAGGAAAGGUUUCUUCAAUUGUUGCAUCUGGCAUUGGUUGCUUGGAUUUGGUUCUGGAAUUUGUUUCAGGCGUGAUGGAGCGAAGCAAUCCGAGUAGAGGCGUGCAGCGAAUGUUUAUAAGGUCAAGCUUGUUGAAAUUCGGAGCAAAUUCUCUUCUGAACAGUUUUCACUUUGAUUAUUGUAUUGGUCUCAAAAUAACUCCGAUAAGGCUGAAAUUCGGAGGUUAGAUGCAAGAGACAGAGAUGAACAACUUUGAUGAAGAAAAGAUUUUGAUCCGAGGUUCCGAACUAGAUGUUUCGGAGCCUGCAAACAGACGGACGUGCACAGGAAAGGGGAAAGGUGCAGUCGGUGUGCGUUGGUGCUGCAGGGGCAGUAGGGAUGCGUGCGCAGGGGCGCGUAGGUGCUGCAGGGACAGCAGAUGUGCGGCAGAGCUGCAGGAGCAGCCAUGCAGCGACGUGGGGCUGCAGACGCACGGGCGCGUAGGCGGGCAGCACGGAGCGCAGGGGCGCGUAGCGCUGGGCGUGCAAGGAGCAGGCUGCAGCGAAGGCUUGGCUAGCUCGGGCUAGGGUCUGCUGGGGUAGUAGGCACGUAGGUAGGCAGAAUAGGUUGUUUCGGUUUUUGUGGCUAGAGUCGUGCUGAUAACGUGUUUAAGUAAAAUAGAUUCGAGAGAGAAUUGUAGAGAGAAUUAUCAGAAUGCUUCAUACUCAGCUUAUUAUUAUGAGCUCUUCAGAUUGUUUGUGUCCUGUCGGAAGGCCUUAAGAUGUAUAAUUACUGCUUGUGAGGUGACAGCAGCCAGUCGAACCUCAGACACUGUACUCUAUGAGGAUUUAUUUCCAGUUUCAUGGCUUUACAAGUCAGUGCAUAUGGUUGCUGGGCUUCAAGAAUCAUUCUCAAAAGAUAUUUAUCAUCAAGUUCAUGAUAUGAUCUUGGCAUUAAUGGAUCACACAUUUUAUGUGUUUCUGACAUUAAAUAAAUAUCAAUCCAAUCAUGCUGUUCGUUUCCUUGAGGUUGCUGAGCUGAAUUUUGGAUGUGCCCAAGAACAGAGAAGUUUAUUGAAUUCGUCCAAUUAUAUUGAAGCCUUGAAAAGUGUAAACGGUGUUGCUAAGAUUUUGAAGGAACAGAUGCAGAUCUUACUUGUAAAUGUGAAGAAUGGCAUUUGUAAUGGAAAAGAGGAAGUUUCUGUUGAUGCUUUAAAUUUGAACAAGUUUGCUUCCAUAAUUUCGUGUUUUAGUGGGUUUUUAUGGGGCCUAGCAUGCGUUAUGAUCGACACAGAUGGGAGAAAUAGUGAUGAGAAAGCUAAGUUGUCAAGGUGGAAACUUGAACCAAUCUCCGAACUCAACCUCUGUAUAAUUGUUUUUGAAGAAAUUUCUAGUCUUCUACUACAAAAUACAAAUGUUUAUUCUUGACGAUAAUCAGCAGUCCACAACUAUAUGUCAUGCCUAUAAUCUUCAGAAGUCAGGCUACAAUUUAGAUUUGUUUGGUGCAGAGAAGAUUUUGCUGGAAGGCAAUGAUGCUGACACUGAUAUGGCAUGUGGUGGACUGCAGGAUGAAUCUGCAGUUGCAGUGACGUGCUCAGCAUCAUCUGACGUCUGUUAAGACUCUGUAAUUGGUAGUGUUCAUAGAAGAAGACUGCGCUUGAAAGAUGCAAAUAGUGUUGUUGGUUGCUUGGAUUUGGUUCUGGAAUUUGUUUCAGUUCAAGCUAUCGGAAGAGCCCUAGUUGGUGUGCGGGAAGGGUGCACAGUGAGGUAUGACAUAUGUGCUGGAAGUGAAGAUGGAGGAAAGGUUUCUUCAAUUGUUGCAUCUGGCAUUGGUUGCUUGGAUUUGGUUCUGGAAUUUGUUUCAGGACGCAAUUUGAUUGUGGUUAAAAAAUACAUUCAGAGGUUAAUUGCCUGCAUGUUCGAUGUUAUUCUGCAUCUGCAGAGUGCACUAAUCUUCUAUGAGAGAUUCACUCAGAGUAAAGAUGAUAGUGAUCCAGACCCAGGAACAGUCAUUCUUAUGUGUGUUGACGUUCUGGCAAGCAUGCAAUAUACAAAAUGGAUCUCUGGCUUGUAGCACACUCAUUACGUAUACCUUCAGCACUUUUUCAAGAUUUCCAUCUGUUAAAACAUUCUAAAUAUCCUGUUCCAAAUGAUUCUUCAGCAAGUCCAAAUAACCAACCAUCCGACCCAGUAGCAAGUGUACAUGUCUCUGGUAUAGACAGGCAAUACUCAGUGGGCCUAUAUUCUGCUUGCUGCCGAUUAUUGCAUAAUGUUGUGAAGCACCACAAAAGUGAAUGCGAGGGGUAUGUUGCUCUACUUCAAGCUUCUGUUCGUGUUCUUCUUUAUUGUUUGGAGACUUUGGAUGCUGUUGUGGUAGCCAGGGAAGGCUUCUUUUCAUAGGAACUAGAAGGAGUCAAAUGUGCAUGUUCUCUCAGAAGGAUUUAUGAAGAGCUAAGACAUCAAAAAGAGGUCUUUGGUCCACACUGUUACCACUUUUUAGCUUAUUACAUACAGGUUUAUUCAGGAUAUGGCCCCCGCAAAACAGGCAUCAAAAG